AUGGCCGCAGCAUUCGCUCUGGUGUUUGCAGGAGGAACACUUGUUAUGGCGAAGACAGCUUACGUUCCAAGGGAGGUUAUAUACGUGCUUCGGGACAGCGCGUGCGAUUACAUCCUCACAGACAAGGAGACAGCACCCAAACUUCUCCAAAUUACCAUGCCGUCAGCCAUUAAGUAAUGACAUUUAUUUGAAUAUGUAAUCUGCUUUUUGCUUCUAGUACGACUCUGUAAUCAAAAUGCCGACCUACGAGGGAACGGAAUUUCCUGGUCUUCGCAGGGGCUGUUUUCCGUGGGAAACGCACCAGGGUUUAUCGACGUCCUCGAGUUUCAAGAGCGGUGCGGGAUGGACUUGAUGCCCCACGUGCCUACUAACAACACUGAGGAGGUCGUGGUGAUGCUCUACACGUCCGGAACAACGGGCCUCCCGAAAGCCGUGGAAAUAUCGCACAAAGCUUACGUUUCUACCUAUCGCGGUUAUCAAGCUUCGAGGCUUUUUACUGAAGACGACGUCGUGCUUGCUUGGAAUCCCUUCACUCACAUCUCCGGGUUCGUGGUGGGCGUUGUCAGCAUGUGCCAGGGAGCAAGGAUAAUAGUCACCGAACCUUCCAUCUCGUCUAAAGAUUUCUUGGAGACGCUCGCUAAAUAUCACGUAUCCGUGCUUUUAGGCAUUCCUGAACGACUCCGCGAGAUUAUCAAUGAAGCGAGAUCAAACAACUAUCCAGCUGUGGAUCUCGAGAAGAUCGUAGUGGCCGGGACGUCACUCUCGAAAUCAUUAGGAACUGAGAUAUACGAGUUCUUCGGCGUCAAAUCGUUCGUCAACCUCUACGGCAUGACUGAAACGACCGGUAUAGUGAGUAAUACGCCUGUUGGACAAAUCAGCAUGGGCAACGUGGGCUUUCCUAGUGCUGGCUCAAAAGUCAAAAUACUCGACCUUAACAGUGGAGGUUCCCUCGGCCCGCAUCAAAAUGGUGAGAUUGUGGUUCAGAGCAGAAACCUCAUGAAAAGUUACUACAACCAUCUGGAAGACACUCGAGACGUCUUGAGCAAUGAUGGCUGGUUUCGAACAGGAGAUAUUGGCUACUAUGAUGAAAAUGGACAGAUCUACAUCGUAGAGCGGCUCAAACAGAUGAUAAAAUGCAUGGGAAACGUAGUGACUCCUGCCGAGCUGGAAGAUAUCCUGACCUCGCACGAGGCGGUUCUGGAAGCCGCGGUGGUCGGUAUACCGAGUCUCAAGUACGGCGAAGCCCCGACCGCUUGCGUCGUUGUCAGCGAAUCCAAGAAAGAGGUCCUCGAAAGUUUGGAACGAGAACUGAAGGAGCUCAUAGCAGGUCAAACAUCAUUUCAUAAGCAUCUGUACGGAGGCGUCGUCUUCAUGGAGACUCUGCCAAAAUCGGACUCCGGCAAGAUCCUGAGGCAGGAGCUGAAGUCAAGCAUUGCGGCUAGACUUGUGCCAUAUUACUAUAUGUGCUCGCAAGAUUAUAUCGUCAAGAAAAACAAGAGGAGACGUAUGUCAAACUGA